AUGCCUCAACUGGCUCGACAGGUUCUCAAUCCUCGGUUGGCAUGGCAGGCUCCCAAUGCCUCAGCCGACUCGUCAGGCUCCCACGCCUCAGCUYGCUCUACAGGUUCCCGCGCCUCAGCAGAAGCGACCAGCCCGCUCCUGGUCCUCGGGACCAUCCCUCUGGUGUCGAUGGUGCUGUCGGCCCUACAGGCUGGUAAUAAGGGCACUCAGGCCUGCAUCACAGCUGCCAGUGCUGUCUCUGGCAUCAUCGCUGACCUGGACACCACCAUCAUGUUCGCCUCCGCUGGCACACUCAACGCAGAGAAUGACGAGUCCUUCGCUGACCACAGGGAGAACAUAUUGAAGACAGCGAAGGCUCUGGUGGAGGACACUAAGAUGUUGGUGUCUGGAGCAGCGUCCGGUCAGGACAAACUAGCCCAAGCUGCCCYGUCCUCAGCUAAGACCAUCACACAGCUCACUGACGUGGUCAAACUGGGCGCCGCCAGCAUCGGCUCUGACGACCCAGAGACACAGGUGGUUCUGAUCAACGCAGUGAAAGACGUGGCUAAGGCCCUGGCUGAGCUCAUAGGAGCCACUAAGUGUGCUGCGGGCAAGGCUGCAGACGACCCGUCCAUGUACCAGCUGAAGAGUGCUGCCAAGUUGUCCCCCAGAAACAUGGCAGACGUGAACGGGAUGCCUCCUCAGUCUGAUAUGUGCGUAAAGGGUGUUCUGGUGAUGGUGACCAACGUGACYUCCCUGCUGAAGACGGUGAAGGCUGUGGAGGACGAGGCCACGCGGGGGACCAGAGCUCUGGAGGCCACCAUUGAAUGUAUUAAACAGGAACUCACGGUGUUCCAGUCUAAGGACGUCCCGGAGAAGUCGACCACGCCUGAAGAGUUCAUCCGCAUGACCAAGGGCAUCACCACGGCAACAGCCAAAGCAGUGGCGGCUGGGAACUCUGCACGACAGGAGGAUGUGAUCUCCACAGCUAACCUGAGUCGCAAGGCCAUCUUCGACAUGCUGACCACAUGCAAGCAAGCAGCUUACCACCAGGAGGUGAACAAGGACGUACGGAGCAGAGCGCUGCUCUACGGGACAGAGUGCACCACAGGUUACAUUGACCUACUGGAGCAUGUGCUGCUGGUCCUCCAGGGGCCUACAGCAGAGCAGAAGCAGCAGCUGGUGUUCUACUCUAAACGUGUUGCUGGGGCUGUUACUGAACUCAUCCAGACUGCUGAGGCCAUGAAAGGCACAGAGUGGGUGGACCCAGAGGACCCCACAGUGAUAGCAGAGACAGAGCUGUUGGGGGCGGCAGCGUCCAUCGAAGCAGCGGCUAAGAAACUGGAGCAGCUGAAACCCAGAGCCAAGCCCAAGCAAGCAGAUGAAACGRUGGACUUUGAGGAGCAGAUCCUGGAAGCAGCUKAGUCCAUCGCUGCGGCCACCAGUGCCCUGGUCAAGUCUGCUUCAGCUGCCCAGAGAGAGCUGGUGGCUCAGGGCAAGGUGGGCUCUAUUCCAGCUAACGCAGUGGAUGAUGGUCAGUGGUCCCAGGGUCUGAUCUCAGCGGCCAGGAUGGUAGCAGCAGCCACCAGUAACCUGUGUGAGGCAGCUAAUGCCUCGGUCCAGGGCCAAGRCAGUGAGGAGAAGCUGAUCUCGUCAGCCAAGCAGGUGGCAGCCUCCACAGCCCAGCUCCUAGUGGCCUGUAAGGUUAAAGCUGACCAGGACUCUGAGGCCAUGAGGAGACUACAGGCUGCUGGUAACGCAGUAAAGAGGGCGUCGGACAACCUGGUCCGAGCGGCCCAGAAAGCAGCGUUCCACAAGGCAGACGAUGACAACGUGGUGGUCAAGACCAAGUUUGUGGGAGGAAUCGCUCAGGGUUAUGGAAUGCUGCAGCCGUGCAUCCGGGAGCGGAUGCUGAGGAGGAGAGAGAGCCGUGUGACGGCAGGCCUAGGAAGAGAGCUAGGCGUCAAUCAGACAGAAGCUCAGUACAAGUUCGGUACCAUUCACAGUGAACAACUGAUCGGGAAAUAA